UGUGUGUGUGCGCAUGUAUGUGUGUGUGUAUGUGCGUGUGACAGGAGGACACAUGUGAGUAACUGUGUGUUAAAUAGAGUGUGCGCGUAAGAGAGAGGGAGACUGACUGAGUGUGUGUGUGUGAGAGAGAGAGAGGGAGAGAGAGAGAGAGAAAGCUGCCAUCAUAUGACACUGACGGAGCCAAGUUGAGAAGCAAACUGCUGCAAAGGGAGAGAGACGCGACAGAGUGACAGAAAUGAGGGGAUAGAAGGAAGUGGAGAGAGAAGAAGAAGAAGCGACCAACAGAGGAAAACAAGAGACCCUCGUAAAAAGUAACAAGCCUCCACACCUGUGUUCAGGGGACAACUGAAAGAUGGAUGCCAAAGAGUCGGGGCCACCCACUGAGGCUCCAGAGGAUGUCAACAAACUCAGCUUCUGGAUGCCUGGAAACUACCAGCGGACGGUGCAGCGGACCCCGGAUGCGUUCCAGGCGUGUAAUGACCUGGUGACCUGCUUCCAGGAGCGUGCGCGCGUGGAGAAGCAGUACUCACAGCAGCUCAACCAGUGGAGCACCAAGUGGAAGAAGAUCACAGAGAACAGGCCGCUGUACGGUUCCCUGAUGCGGGCCUGGCAGUGUUUCUUCACCUCCACCGAGCGGCUGUCCGCCCAGCAUUCCAGUAUCUCCCAGGCGCUGGUGAACGAGGAGGGGGAGCGUGUGCGCACCUGGCAGAAGGACACCUUCCCCCGGAAGAUGAUGUACGGCUUCAAAGAGUCACACGACCUGGAGACGGAGUUCUCGCGCGCACAGAAGCCAUGGGCCAAAAAACUCAAGAAGCUGGAUGAGGUGUGUGCUGCCUACCACAAGGCCAGCCAGCGUGAGCAGGCGGCCAUUGACAAGGAGAAGGCCGCCAAGGACAACUCUGCCCUGAGCGAAUCCAAAGUCAACAAGAUCACCAAGGCCAAGGAAGCGGCAAGCCAGGACCGCGAGAAGACCCGGGGGAAGUAUGAGAAGGUUCUGGAAGACGUGACGGCGUACGCCCCACGCUACAUGGAGGAGAUGGAGGCCAUCUUUGACAAGGCCCAGGAGGAGGAGAGGAAACGCAUCAGCUUUCUCAAACAGGCCUUCCUGUCGAUACACCGCCACCUGGACGUCACCAAUAACGAGAGUGUGAAGGCUGUGUACAGUGAGCUGCAUCACACCCUCAUGUCCAUAAGUGAGCCGGAUGAUCUGCGCUGGUGGAAGAACAACCACGGCCCCGGAAUGCCCACCGACUGGCCCCGACUAGAGGAGUGGGUUAAUCCUCAGGGCAAACCAAAGAGAGGCAAGAAACCCAAGAAAUCCCUGGAGGAGCGAACAGUGAUGAUUGGAGGGGUGAAAGUCCGGGCCCUGUAUGAUUACGAGGGAGAGGAAGAAGAUGAGCUCUCCUUCAAAGCAGGCGAGCAAUUCCUGAAGAUUGAGGAGGAAGACGAGCAGGGCUGGUGCAGAGGCAUGAAGGAAGGCGGGGUGGAGGGAUUCUUCCCUGCCAAUUACGCGGAGCUUGCAGACUGACCUCCAGCCCACCAGGGGAGCCAGAGGGCUCAAUACGCAGCUGCAAAAGUUGGUCUUUUGUCACCAUAGCAACCAGGAAUAAAAGAAUGUGGACAGUUGAUUGUGUGCACCACUGUGCCUGGAGGCCCAGAGACUGUUAUCCCCCUUCUUUCAUGAGGGUAAUGCCGUAACAUUAACCAAAAUUUAGUACUACAUUGAAAGGUUUGAAACAAGUAUUUAUGUCAUUGCUCUGAAUGGUACACUAUUUUCAGGUUUUUUUGUUUCAAUUCAGUUCAUUUCCAUCUCUGAAUUUCAAUGAGGCCUAAUAGACUUUAAACGUACUAGGUAAGGUUUGACUUGAGUUUAUGAAUAAAAUUUCCCCCUCAGUUAUUUGCACAGAUGUUUGACAAUGGAGGGCUAGAGACCGCUAGCAGAAUCUCAUGCGAACAUGUAUGGCAAUGUGAAACAAGUUAUUUUUUUCCUGUGUACAACAAUAAUGUGACAGAAAACAACAGUGUCAGAGUGGCAUGUGGCGUGGAAGGUGUGUUCAAAUCGGUGCUCGGCCACGCCUGUUUCUAUAGCCUUGAAGAGAUGGUGAAAAUUCUGAGGUGCUGCUCUAGACUGCCUGUGUUAUCUGCUGUGAUGUCACCUCUCAAAGGCUGUCAGGAAUGUCUUUGGCACACAAGCUACUGUGUGAACACCACUGGGCAUGGUGCUCAACUUCUCUACCUAAUAAAAACACUAAAGCAUUGUACAUUUA